AUGGCUACCGAAACUGGAAAGAACGUGAUCUUGUUGCCUCAAACAAACCAACUCAUAGGAUUGUACUCGAUCAUCAGAGAUCAGGCCACUAAGAGAGGUGAUUUUGUGUUCUAUUCCGACAGAAUUAUCCGUCUUUUGGUUGAGGAGGGUUUGAACCAGUUGCCAGUGGAGGAGACACUUAUCAAAUGUCACGGUGGACAUGAGUAUAAGGGAUCUCGCUUUUUGGGAAAGAUUUGUGGUGUCUCAAUUGUUCGCGCAGGUGAGUCAAUGGAGAUGGGUUUGAGAGACUGUUGCCGUUCUGUUCGUAUUGGUAAGAUUCUCAUUCAGAGAGACGAAGAGACUGCUUUGCCCAAAUUGUUUUAUGAAAAGCUUCCUGAAGACAUCAGCGAAAGAUACGUCUUCUUGUUGGACCCAAUGUUGGCCACUGGUGGAAGUGCAAUGAUGGCCACAGAGGUCUUGAUCAGUAGAGGUGUCGAUGCCAGCAGAAUCUUAUUUUUGAACUUGUUGGCCUCUCCUGAGGGAAUUGCUGCUUUCCAUGAGAAGUAUCCUGAGGUCAAAAUCAUCACUGGUGGUAUUGACGAGAAAUUGGAUGAAGACAAGUACAUUGUGCCUGGUUUGGGUGACUUCGGUGACAGAUACUACUGUAUCUAA